AGCAGAGAGAAGCCAUUUUCAUUGCUUGUGUGAGAAUGCUUCAUCAUGAUUUCUCCUGUGUUAGUCCUGUUGGUGAGCUUUCUUUGCCAUUGUGUGACUGCAGGACGGACUUGUCCCAAGCCACAGGAGCUACCAUUUUCCACUGUUGUUCCAUUAAAACUGAGCUAUGAGCCAGGGGAACAAAUUUUGUAUACUUGCAAGCCUGGUUAUGUGUCACGAGGGGGAAUGAGAAGAUUUUUAUGCCCUCUCACUGGAAUGUGGCCCAUCAACACCCUGAAAUGUCAACCCAGAGUAUGCCCUUUUGCUGGAAUUUUAGAACAUGGAUCUGUGCGUUAUACAACCUUUGAAUACCCUAAUUCUGUGAACUUUACUUGCAAUAAAGGGUUUUAUCUCAAUGGAACUGCUUCUGUUAAGUGCAUGGAAGAUGGAAGAUGGAGCCAUCCCCUACCCAACUGCUCUCGUAUAACUUGUCCUCCACCAUCCAUACCUAAACUUGCAACCCUAAAACUGCCUAAGUCAUCAGCUAAAAACAGCUCCUUCUAUCAAGACGCAGUAGUCCUUGACUGUUUGCCACAUUAUGCAGUGUUUGGGAAUGACACAAUUAGAUGCACAGAACAUGGAAAUUGGACUGAAGUACCAGAAUGCAGGGAAGUAAAAUGUCCAUUUCCAACAAGACCAGACAAUGGAUUUGUAAAUUAUCCUGCAAAUCACGUACUUUAUUAUAAAGACAAAGCCACUUAUGGCUGCCAUGAGACAUAUGUCCUAGAUGGGCCAGAAGAAGUAGAAUGUGAAAAAUCUGGAACCUGGUCUGCAUCACCAACAUGCAAAGCAUCUUGUAAAAUUCCUGUUAAAAAAGCUGUGGUGCUAUACAAAGGAGAGAAGGUGAACAUCCAAGAUAAAUUUAAGAGUGGAAUUCUGCAUGGUGAAAUCAUUAGUUUCUUCUGUAAAGAUAAAGAAAAGAAAUGCAGUUACACUGAGGAUGCUCAAUGCUUAAAUGGGAAUAUUGAAGUUCCCAAGUGCUUCAAAGAACACAGCUCUUGGGCUUUCUGGAAAACAGAUGCAUCAGACAGACAACCAUGCUGAAGUUGUUUAAAAAUUCAAAAUUCAGUAUAAAAUAUUUGUAUCUCUUAAAAUCAAAGAUGGAGGAAAACUAAGUUCUCAAAUUCUUUCAGCUCUUCUAACACUUUUCCUUUUCAUAGCUUACUCAAUUUCCUUCUUAUAGCUAAGUGACUUGAAUAUCAUUUUCAUAGUGGUAAAGUAGACAGUGGAAACAUUUGUCAGUUCACUUCAAUUCCUUAGUACCAUUCCAUUGCUUCACAAAGAUUUGCCCACAAAACUACAGAUAAAUGACGCAUGUGUCUUCGAGUGUGAGCUGUCUAUGCAAUUUCAUUAAUUCUCCAUUUUGGUGUGAAUUAAUAAUAUCUCUAUGAAUCAAUUAAACAGCAAAUAGCACAGACAGACCUUGAUUAAAUCCAAAUUGAGUGAAUUAUUCUUUUCUUUUGUGGAGUUUAUAUUUCAACUACUGUGAGGUAAUAUAAACAAUUCUCAUUAAGCUAUAUUGACCUAUACCCAACAGACCAAGUUGGUUUCAUCUAAACAAUGUUUGAGAAAUUGUUUGACUUACUUUUAAUAGAAUUAAAUUGGAUUCUUUGUUUUA